AUGGUUCUUGCCAGCUCUACCACCCGUGUCCUCUCCACGCUGCUCCUGCUCCUGAUGCUGCUCCACCAAGGACUCCAAGCUUCAGUCAGGAGCUCAACUACCUACCACUCAUCCUCAGGCACAACCAGCGCAUUGAAUUGCAAAUUUAUUGCCAAGGAGAUCAGAGGAAGGCUUUCAGAUAAGACCUUGCAGAGAGCAAACCUGCAUGAAUUCCUGAAAAAGCAACAGGAGCUGGAUCCUAAGGACGACAUUGGUAUCAAAAGCAAUCUUCAGAAGCUUGAGUGUUGCCUGCCUGCAGCUGAGGGUACUUCUGAGAAGUCAGGCAUCUUCAUUGGCAAUCUGACUGACUUUAAGCAGAAACUGAAGUUCUUUGUGAGCAAUCUGGAGCCACUAUCAAACCCUAGACCAUCUCAUUCAACAUCUUCACCCACCACGGAGUGUGAAAACAGCUGA